CAGUCAUUUUCAACAGGCAAAACUGCAGCAUACCUAAUCCGGAUGACAGGACCCACCCUCUCCCAUCGGAACAUGACUGCAGGAAGCGACGAAGCCGGCUCUGGCGUGAGGUUAAGGAUGUGGCUUCGGUGGGUCCUGCUGCUGUCCUUGCUGUCCUCGGCGUCUGGGGGUGCAGACUCCAAGGCGGUGACCACCACCCUGACCACCAAAUGGGCCUCGACGCCGCUGCUGCUGGAGGCCAGCGAGUUCCUGGCAGAGGAGAGCCAGGAGAAAUUCUGGGAUUUUGUGGAGGCCAAUCAGAACAUAGAAGGAGAACACGAUGACACAGACCAGGCCUACUAUGACCUGAUUGUGAAGAGAGUCAGUGCCUUGCUCAGCUCCGUCCAGGUUAACAUGUUGAAGUUUGCCCUCUCUCUGCGUGCCUACUCCGCCACAGUGCACUCCUUCCAACAGAUUGCAUCCAAUGAGCCCCCUCCCUCUGGCUGCUCUGCCUUCUUCAGCGUUCACGGAGAGAAGACGUGUGAUACAGAGAGUUUAGAGUCCCUACUGGAAACAGCACCCAAAAGGCCUAAGCCAUACCUUUUCAAAGGUGAUCACAAAUUCCCAGGGUCAAAUCCCGACGCUCCUGUUGUCAUUCUGUACGCCGAGAUUGGGACGCCAGAAUUCCAGAGGCUUCACCAGGUCAUAUUGUCCAAAGCCGACAAAGGCCUGGUGACUUAUGUGCUCCGACAUUUCCUGGCUAAUCCAAGCAGCAAGAAGGUAUACCUGUCUGGGUACGGAGUGGAACUUGCUAUCAAAAGCCAGGAGUACAAGGCCAAGGACGACACACAAGUCCAAGGUGCCGAGGUGAACGCCACGGUGAUAGGGGAGAAUGAUCCAGUGGAUGAGGUUCAGGGAUUUCUUUUUGGCAAACUCAAGACGAUCUACCCGGAGCUGAAGGAACAGUUGAAGGAGCUGAGGAAACAUUUGGUAGAAAGCACAAAUGAAAUGGCACCUCUCAAAGUUUGGCAAAUGCAAGAUCUGAGUUUCCAGACAGCUGCUCGUAUCCUCGCUGCACCCUCUGUUGAUGCUCUUAACGUCAUGAAGGACCUCAGUCAGAACUUCCCUACUAAAGCCAGGUCCAUCACUAAAACUGUGGUCAACUCAGAGAUCCGCAAAGAGAUAGAGGAAAACCAGAAGUACUUCAAAGGCACUCUGGGGCUGCAGCCUGGGGAUUCAGCCUUGUUCAUCAAUGGGCUGCACAUAGAUCUGGAUACACAAGACAUCUUCAGUGUGUUUGAGGUGCUGCGCAGCGAGGCGCGGGUGAUGGAGGGCCUGCGCUCCCUGCUGAUCGAGACGCCCUUCAUCCUUGACAUCCUCAAGCUCAACGUCCAGCCCUCAGACUCUGACUACGCCGUCGACAUCCGCAACCCCGCCAUCAAUUGGAUUAACAACUUGGAGACAGACCAUAGAUACAGCUCAUGGCCCUACAACGUGCAGGAGCUGCUCAGACCAACCUUCCCUGGAGUCAUCCGGCAGAUCCGCAAGAACUUCCACAAUCUGGUGAUCAUUCUGGACCCAACUCAGGAGAACUCUGCAGAGCUGCUGAGUGUUGCAGAGAUGUUCUACACUAACAACAUCCCACUCAGGAUAGGGUUGGUGUUUGUGGUGUCAGAUGGAGAUGACAUAGAUGGUAUGCAGGAUGCAGGCGUGGCGCUGGUCCGUGCCUACAACUACAUCUGCGAUGAGGUGGACACCCAGAGUGCCUUUGAAGCUGUUGUUGCGAUGUUUGGCCGUGUGCCUAUCGCAGGACAGCUGAGUGUUGGGGACGUGGUGAAGGUGCUGGAGAAGAGGUUUCCAUACGUGGAGGUCAGCAGCAUCCUGGGAGCCGAUUCCAGCUACGACGGCAACAGGAAGGAAGGGCGGGCGUACUAUGAGCAGACGGGGGUCGGCCCGCUGCCUGUCGUCAUGUACAACGGCAUGCCUUACCAGCGAGAGCAGCUGGACCCAGACGAGCUGGAGACCGUCACCAUGCACAAGAUACUGGAGACCACCUCCUUCUACCAGAGAGCUGUCUACCUGGGCGAGCUGGCAACAGAUCACGAUGUUGUGGACUUCAUCAUGAACCAGCCCAACGUCGUUCCUCGCAUCAACCCCAGGGUGCUGUCCACCAGCAGGACAUACCUGGACCUGUCCGAUACCAACAACCACUUUGUAGAUGAUUACGCUCGCUUCCUGACGCUGGACACGAAGGAGCAGAACACAGCUGUGGCCAACAGCAUGAACUACAUGACCAAGAAAGAUGAUGGCUACAUCCGUCCUGUAACCUUCUGGGUGGUGGGAGAUUUUGACCAGCCUUCUGGACGCCAGCUCCUCUACGACGCCAUCAGACACAUGAAAACCAGCAACAACGUCCGUCUGGGGAUGAUCAACAACCCAUCAGCCAAUCCGUCCGCAGACACAAGCCGCGUGGCGCGGGCCAUCUGGGCCGCCAUGCAGACGCAGACUGCCAACAACGCAAAGAACUUCAUCACCAAGAUGGCCAAGGAGGAGACUGCCGCGGCACUGGAGAGGGGAACUGACAUCACAGAGUUCGCUGUCGGGGGUAUGGAUGUUUCAUUGUUCAAGAGUGCAUAUGCAGGUCCCAAAUUCGACUUCCUGCUCUCCCACGCUGCUUACUGUCGAGAUGUGCUCAAACUCAAGAAAGGACAGAGAGCAGUCAUCAGCAAUGGAAGAAUUAUUGGUCCACUGGAGGAAAAGGAGGUCUUCAACCAAGAUGACUUCCUCCUUCUGGAAAGCAUCAUCCUGAAGACCUCCGGGGAGCGAAUCAAAAGCAAGGUUCAGCAGUUUGGAAUUGAGGAGGACAGGGCCAGUGACCUGGUGAUGAAGGUAGACGCUCUGCUCUCCUCUCAGCCCAAAGGAGAGGCCAGGGUAGAAUAUGGCUUUGCUGAUGAUCGCUACAGUGCUGUGAAGAUCCGUCCCACAGAGGGAGAUGUGUACUUUGAUGUGGUUGCCGUGGUGGAUCCCGUCACCAGGGAUGCACAGAAACUCGCUCCUCUCCUAUUGGUUCUGAAGCAGCUGGUGAAUGUCAAUUUGCGCGUCUUCAUGAACUGCCAGUCCAAACUCUCAGACCUGCCUCUUAAGAGUUUUUACCGCUACGUGUUGGAGCCCGAGGUGGUGUUCCAGGCGGACGGCAGUUUGUCUCCGGGGCCCAUGGCGAAGUUUUUGGACAUGCCUCAGUCUCCGCUCUUCACCCUCAACCUCAACACACCCGAGAGCUGGAUGGUCGAGUCUGUACACACACGCUACGACCUGGACAACAUCUACCUGGAAGAGGUGGAAACAGUCGUAGCAGCAGAGUAUGAGUUGGAGUACCUGCUUUUGGAAGGCCACUGUUUUGAUGUAAGCACCGGUCAACCCCCACGUGGCCUCCAGUUCACCUUGGGAACCGCCUCUGAGCCUGUCAUCGUGGAUACCAUCGUCAUGGCAAACCUGGGUUACUUUCAGCUGAAGGCUAAUCCAGGAGCUUGGAUCUUGAAGCUGAGGAAAGGACGCUCUGAGGAAAUCUACAAGAUCUACAGCCACGACGGUACCGACUCCCCUGCAGACUCUGACGACAUUAUAGUGGUGCUGAACAACUUCAAGAGCAGGAUCAUUAAAGUCAAGGUCCAGAAGAAACCCGACAAGUUCAACGAGGAGCUGCUGAGUGAUGGGACCCAGGAGAACGACUCCGGUUUCUGGGAAUCUCUGACCAGAGGGUUCACAGGUGGAGCCAAGCCCGAGGAGCCUAAGCAGGAGAAGGACGAUGUGAUCAACAUCUUCUCUGUGGCCUCGGGGCAUCUGUACGAGCGCUUCCUCAGGAUCAUGAUGCUGUCAGUGCUGAAGCACACCAAAACUCCCGUCAAGUUCUGGUUUCUGAAAAACUACCUGUCCCCAACUUUUAAGGAGUUCAUCCCCCACAUGGCCAAGGAGUACGGCUUCCAGUACGAGCUGGUCCAGUACAAGUGGCCUCGCUGGUUACACCAGCAGACCGAGAAGCAGAGGAUCAUCUGGGGCUACAAGAUCCUCUUCCUGGACGUGCUCUUCCCUCUCGCCGUCGACAAGUUCCUGUUUGUGGACGCUGACCAGAUUGUGCGCACAGACCUGAAGGAGCUGCGUGACUUUGACCUGGAGGGCGCUCCGUACGGAUACACUCCGUUCUGCGAGAGCCGGAGGGAGAUGGACGGCUACCGCUUCUGGAAGUCGGGCUACUGGGCCAGCCACCUCGCUGGACGCAAGUACCACAUCAGUGCGCUGUAUGUGGUCGACCUGAAGAAGUUCCGUAAGAUAGCCGCAGGAGACCGGCUGAGAGGGCAGUACCAGGGUCUCAGCCAGGACCCCAACAGCCUGUCCAACCUCGACCAGGAUUUGCCCAACAACAUGAUCCACCAGGUGCCCAUCAAGUCUCUGCCUCAGGAGUGGCUGUGGUGUGAGACGUGGUGUGACGACACCUCCAAGAAGAAGGCCAAGACUAUAGAUCUGUGUAACAACCCCAUGACCAAGGAGCCCAAGCUGCAGGCUGCCGUGAGGAUCGUGGCAGAGUGGACCGACUACGACCAGGAGAUCAAACGGCUGCAGACCCGGGUUCAGGAGAGGGCGGCAGAGAACCACACAGCAGCACAGCCGCGGCACACAGAUGAUCACACAGAGUUGUGAUUCUCCAGCGGGGACCGUGACGAGGCGGUGAAUUGGACUCUGUUUAAAGAGUCUGCAUCGUGGAGAGGCUCCUCUCCCCUUUUGGGAGCGGCUGAACGCUGAAAGGCCGACCACAACCCGGCACCGAGCGGCUCAAGACUUUUGUUUUCUGUUUUGCUUUAUGUUCUUUUUAUACUGUGUGAGGGGGGAAUUACUGUGGUCAGGUGAAGGUGGUUUAGGAGACGUUUUUGUGUACAUGUGUGCGUGUAUGUGUGUUAGGGUGUGUGUUUGUGUGUGUGUGUGUGUGUGUGUAGGCAUUGAGAAUGUGUCUCUGAAACAAAUCAUGCAUAUGAGUUCUUUGUCUCUCCAAUAUUUCCCCUGUAAUAGGUUUUGGUAAAUUUGCACUGAUUGGAAAUCCUGUUUUUGGCUGCGGCUCAAACGGGGAUGAUGCCAGUAUGAUCAUAACUCUUGCUGAGAAAGUCGCACCGCUGCUUAUCCUCUGACAAAGCAACCAUCUGUCAGUAGGAAGGCUGAGGUCACCUCCAACUGUAACUACUUUUACUGAGGGGAAAAAAAUAUUUGAAGGCCCUGCUGGGUUUUUCCUCCUGCAAGGUAAAGGUUAUCUUUUCGUCCAUUGAUGUGAUCCGAUUUACUGAUUGUUGUGUAGUUUACAGGAUUCCUGUGUAGGCCUGGGAAGUCAAGUAAAAUCAGGUUUGGAUAAAUGUAGAAAUUGGGAAAAAAAUAUAAGUCUGGAAAAAUAAUGGUGUCCUAAGGCAGAUACAACUGCAUCUUCACAUUUGUUUGUUAGAAUCACGUCAAACCACAGAGACGGCACGGUUAAGUCUGGUACUGCCCGGCCUCUCCACAUCAUAUCUGACACUGACAUCAUCAAAUCACGGGAAGGAGGAGGAACAAUUUUGCAAUUGAAAAUGUGUAGGAACACUGUUUAUCUGUUUACGACAGCUACACUCAAUGAAAACAGGCUUGACUUGAGUCCCCGGUUUCCUGUGGAAAGUCAUCGACAUCACAGUAACUCUCAGGGAAAGAUGUUUCAGGCUGUCGAGGCGAUGCAUGGACAAAUGCAGCGUCAUGAAUCUGAAGAGAGAGCCUGCUUAGAUGACAUUCAGAUUUUGGUCCUAGCCAAAAUGAGAUUUUCUGUUAAUAGUAAAAAAAAUAAUAAUAAUAACAAUAUCCAAGGAUUUUUCUUCAUCAUCCAACUCCUGAAUCUCUUUGUGUUGACUACCUGUAUUGUUGAACAUAUUUUUUUUGGUUGAAUAAAUUCCCCAACAAUAAAUUUCCCCAAGUUUC